AAUAAACUAACGUAAUUAAUUUAUGUAUUUUAAAUUUGAAAUACGUUGAAAAUAUUUAUUAGUAGUAAUUUGACCUCUGACAUGAAUAAAAGUUGGGAAUCGCAGCAUUAUGAGCCGCUGCUUGUUACUGGAAUAACUGGUGCUUUUGAAGAAGCAACUGAAAUGUUACGAAAAGUAACUUUGCUGUCUGAAAUAAAGGACGAUUACAAUGCUUGUGUACCGAUAGCUGUAAAAGAUGCAUUGAAAAUAUUUUCAAAUAUUAAUAGUGGAUCGUCUAAAGAAGAGUGCUUAAGAUUUCUUGAAUUUCUCAAAAAUAUUCCAGUUAAAAAUCGGACAGCUUCGUAUGACUUUCAAAGAGGAAAAAGAGCCCUUACAGAUUUCUAUGCAAAGUUCGAGAAACUACGACACCUCGUCGAAGACAGACUGGAAAUACCACUUGAAAGAUGGAUACAAAUAAAAGAGGAUGAAAAAAAUUUUCCUGUAGAGCUUGAUAAACUCAACAGUGAAUCAGAAAAUAUUCACGAAGAAGUUGAAAUAGCUACACAUCUUGGAGAUCAAAUUCCUCCGGAGAUGAAAGAUGAAAUCGACAGAGAACGUAAAUUGUCAUCUGCUUCUGAAGAUUCCAGCUAUCAACAUCCAUUUUUGGUGAGAGCGAAUGCGGAGAGGUAUAUAGAAUUACUUGAAACGUUCAAUGAAAAGAAACUGGAAGAAUUGCAAAAGCAGCAAAAUGAGGCAAAAGCUGGCUUCGAAGAAGCAAAACUGAAGUACCGCAAAGAAAUCCGUAAAAUAAUGGAGGAAACUCUACGGACCAAGGAAUUUGCAGAAUGGUUGAAAGCCAAGAACAAGGCCCGUUUGAAGGAAUAUCAGAAAGAACAAAAGGACCUUUGGAGCAAAUUCUCAAGAGAACUAAAAGAGGCUAAUAUUUUAUGUACAAAGCUUCAGGAAAUAGAUAUUAUCUAUCAGAAAUUAGUAGAGGAAAAAGAAUUAGAAGAACUUGAGAGAAAACAGCAGGCAGCCGCUACUACUCUACAAGCUUAUUGGCGAGGUUUUCUUGUAAGACGGAAGUUUCAUGGUAGUUAAUUGGAUUGCAGGUUUCUAUGCUUCCCUCCUUGUAUUGCAUUAAUACUACUACUUUACGAUUUUGCUGAAUAAAAGACAUUUUAUAAAAAUU